CAGCUGCUCUGGGAAACCUGUUCUGGGGCCACACCACCCUCACAGAGAGGAAUUUCUUGUCAAUAUCCCCUCCUGAGUUCAUUUCUCCAUCUGUCAAAGAACAGCAGCAUUACCUGGCUCAAUAAAUUUGAAUCAUGCAGUGAUGGAAUGGUUUGGCUUGAAGGGACCUUGAAGCCAUCCAGUCCCACCUGCUGCCAGGGGCAGGGACACAUUCCUCUCCAAUCUGGCCUGGGACACUUCCAGGCAUGGGCUCACAUCUCCUACAUCUGUAGAAGUUCCAGUAAUGCACAGCCCCUGUAACAGACUUUGCUCAGUGACCAAAAAGGAAGUGUUACGUAAGCAACAGCCAAUUUGUGGAAGUAGGUACUGGUGAUGAGGAUGUAAAAUUGCUGUGACCUCACAGCUGGGAACAACUCCUCGUAAGCUGCUGGGUACAGCCAGAGGUCUUCCAGCACAGAUCGGACCUAACACUGCCCCUGCCCAGGUGUUGCUUCAGGCAGUCCCCCAUUAGCAAGAAGUCAGAGAACUUCUCCCCUGUCCUGCUGCUCUCCAGUGGCCACAUCACCUCAGCAGCCCCACGCUCUGCUCUGCACAUCUCCCACCCCACACACAGGCACAAAUCCCCUUGGCUUUGUUUCAAAACUUCAGCCACAGCCAGAAUGUUUAAAAAACUCACCAAAUUCAUCGUAAAUCAAAUGGAUCCACACAAACAAUUGGUCCCUGUCGAAAGCAUCGCAGACAAUGAGCACUUCAGGCCUCUCUAUCUUCUGAAGAAAAAAAGCAAACCAAGAACCAUAUUUCACCCAGCUCCCUAUUACCAGCGGACAGGGUUCACACUGGAUGAUGUGCUGCUGCCUGGAGAAGAUCAUAAAAGCAUAGAGUCGGUCCAUCAAGAAUCCAGCCAAUUUACUCUCACAAAAGUCAGAGCUGACCAAGCUGAUGGAGGUCUCAGCAUUUCACUUGACCCUACAAAUGUAGAGCUGAAAGGAGGUGCCUCCUUGUCCAAAGAGAUUUCCAUUACACCACAGAAGAAGAGCAUAUCACUGGAAUCGCUGGAGGCACUGAGAAGAGAAAGAGAAAUCAACAUGGAUCAUUCCUUCAUCCGACAGCUCCGGAGAACAAACAUCCAGCUGCACGUGGUCACUGAAAUCCUCGAAGCCUCAGAGGAGGCCGUCUACAAGGAAUCCACCAAGGCAGAUGGGGGCUUCAAGGCCAAAUUUUACGCCACACUCUGUGCACAGAGCAACAGGGAGGACAAACAAAGCAUAGUGAUACCCAAGGGCUGCACACUGGCCUUCAGGACCAUCCCACUACACAUUAGAGAUGGAGCAUGGGAUCUGGAUUAUUUCCCAGCAGAAAGUGUGAGAAAGAUGGCUUAUGUAGCUGAUGGUCCCUCAACAGGAAAAUUAGGAGAAGUGAUGACAGAAGUUCAAUAUUCCUGCCGAAUUUUCACCGAGUUGUCUCCUGACCUGCUGCUCAUCAUCUUAAACACCAUCAAAGCUGUGAUGAGAGACAAGAACCUCCUUCAAGAGCUCAGACAGAAAAUGGAAGAAGUUCCUGAGCAAGAAGAUGGUUAUCAGCUGGAAAUUGAGAGCCCAGACUUAAAAGAUCUGUUCAGCACCUUGCAGCAUUCUCCAAAAGACCAUCUCCUGCUGGCAGAGGGAAUCACCUACGUCCUUGACGCUUUGCAUGAGUUAACGGAGGAUCAGCUGCUGCUGCUGCUGGAAUCCUUGGAAAGGAAGAUUGUGUCCCAACAGCUGAACCUGGUUGAAAACCUCCUGAAACAUGACCUGGAUAAAGGGGUGGACUCCUUCCUAGUGGAUUCCGGGCUGCUCUUCUCACAAGAGGAGGAACAGAUGUUGACCAUUGCCCUGGUGGAGCUGAGUGGAGUGCAGCUCCAGCAAGAUGGUUUAGCUGUCCCUAGGGAUCAAUCCUUCGAGGCCGUGGCAGCCCUGUUUGUGGCCCUGUAUGCCCUUAACUUCCUGAGUGGUAGGCUGUACCUGGCCCUGCCCAGGGAACCAGUGUGCGAGGUCUUGUGAAAUCUUUGCUGACAAGACAGUUUUCUCUCCUAGUAUCAUCCUUGUUAAUAAUCAAGGCUGAUUUGGCUGGCAAAAGGGAACUUGAGGCAGGAAAAUUCAUUAUGCCUACAAAAGGUUGGAUAUCAAAGUGAAUUUCUUCCACUGACAUCUCCCUGGUCACUGCCAUCAUCCCUGAGAUGUUCAAUGGACACAUGUAGCACUUUAGAGCAAGCAUACAUCACUCUAUAAAUAAAGAGAACUUUCUUGCUACGCAA